AUGUCCACGACCGUCUCGCCGCCGCCCAACCCUUUGGGCGAUGCCCCGGCGGAAUCCGGCACCUCCAGCUCCAACUUCACGCUGCUGUACAUCAUCAUCGCGGUCCUCGCCGGCGUGAUACUCUACAUGGCCUUCCGCCUUGGCCAGUCGGUCCUGGCCGAGUGGCGCCGGCUCCAGGCAGGCGGCCACGCCGAGGCCGAGGCGUCCGGGACGACGCUCGGGCUUAGCGUGGACGACAUCGCCGCGCUGCCCACGUUCACGUACCGGGCGCGGGCCGCGUCGGCGUCGCCGCACGGUGGCGGGAGGAGCAGCAGUAAGGGGCGGACGCCUGGCCGCGCGGUGGAGUGCGUCGUGUGCCUGCAGGAGAUGGAGGACGGCGACGUCGUGCGCGUGCUGCCCGCGUGCAGGCACUUCUUCCACGGCGGCUGCAUCGACGCCUGGCUGCGCGCGCACUCGACGUGUCCCGUGUGCCGCGCGCACCCGGAGCCCAAGCGUGCGCGGCUGGCCGAGGCGGCCAUGUCCCCGCCGCUGCCGCAGCUGCGACGAUGCGGCGUGUCGCCUGAGCGGCCCACGGCAUCGAGGGUCCUGGCGGACAUCCUGGCGCGGUCGCCGUUGAGAAACAGCUGCUCCUGCUCGACAAGUGGAUUUGGGGAUAACAUCAUCGUCUCGAAAUCACCAUCGCCAAGGCUUCACACUGGGUCGAGGACUCCGUCUCGGACGCCGCAUGUGUAUGCCAGGGUGGACGAUACAUGCUCAAAGUCACCGCCUCCGGGGGUGUCUGAAAUCGUGGUUGUCCCAUCCAAGCCGCCGUCGCCGAUGAGGUUCAGCUCAAGCAGGCAGUUGUCGGCGAGGAGCGUUGGAACAUUGGAAAGCAUAGAGGUGAUCGCAUCAGCAUCAACGUCACCGGUGCCAAUUAGAGAGGACGGUGGUGGUUCCAUGUCGAACUCGCAGUAG